AUGGUUUUGUGCACUCAUCUGGGUCACCUAUUUCUAUAAAUAGGACCUAGUGUUUAUUCCGGUUUAACAAGCUGUAGCUUUUAGAUGUUUUUAACUGGAAGUAAAUUCUCCCGAACUGGUUAUCUUUUAGCUAUAUAUACGUGAAGUGGACGUGUAACUUUACAGUAUAGGGUUACGAGUGGCCAGACGAGUCUCCUAGCGGUACCUUCGUGAGUCAAUAGACCGUCGUUCAGAGUAUAUCUUUGUGGAACCAAUAAGGAAGAACACUAACUCAUCGAAAGAAAUAUGGCGAACUGUUGUUCGAGUUGCGGGAAAGUUCUGCUGGUGGCGGUCAACAUUUUAGUUGGUCUCCUCGGCAUUGCACUACUGGUCGGUGGAUGUCUUCUAAAGUUUGGAAGUGGCCUGAUAGAGGUGGACAGCUAUAUUGAGAACACUCUGGCCGAGGUCGUCCUGGACGGUAUCGAACAGUCACUGUCCGGUGUCUUAGACAACAUUGUCAUCAUCUGCAUCGUAGCAGGAGCCGUCAUCUUCAUCCUCUCGCUUCUUGGUUGCCUCGGCGCUUGUUGUGAAUGGAAAAUAGCUCUGGUUAUUUAUUCUAUCAUCGUAUUCCUGGUGUUGGCGGCGGAAGUAGCUCUCAUCGUCUUGGUGAUACUCUUCAGAACGGAGAUUAAAUCUACUAUGAAGGACGCCAUGAACCAGACCCUGUAUGAAACAUAUGAUAACAGGGCUGAUAACAACGUCGUCAUCGGCUGGAACACGCUGUUCUAUAAGUUUGAGUGUUGUGGGGUUGAUGACUACAUGGACAUUCAGAACGCCAAGAACUUUACACAGACGAAUCCUAAAUUCAAAGUGAUCCCAUUCUGUUGUAAAGACAUCGACUUCAACUACCCGAAACUGACCCCACCCCCAGGGGACAGUUCCUACAACUGCUCAAUGCACCCGUCUCCAGAGAACUCUAAUUAUAGGAAAGGAUGUUUCCAGACCCUCCAGGAUUUCCUCGAACUGUACCAGAAUCUAUUUCUAGGUGUCGGUAUCUCAUUAGUUGUCAUACAGAUUCUCUGUCUAGUGGCAGCCUGCUGUAUCUGUCGUGAAAUUGGCGAUGGUGGCGGCAAAGCAGUGUGAAAUCAGUGUGAAAUCGGUCUGAGAUCAGUGUGAAGUCAGUGUUAAAACAGCGCUACUUUAACACACCCCUUGUAGAUAUGGUUUUGUAAUAUUACUGAGACAUGUUCUUUAUCUAAUGAGGGACACAUUCCUUGUAACUUAAAUCUGUACUAUCUCAUCAGCAUGAUGCCAUUGGGAAACCCUUCUAGCAGUGUGUUAUCACUAAGAACACUGCUGUCAUAUUGACUUACCAGUAUGGUAUCAAUAGAAACACAUCUUUCAGCUGAAACACAGGUUACAGCUUAUUUCAGCUGUAUUGUAUCCGUGGAAACACAGAUUUCAGCUUAUUUCAUCUGUGUGGUAUAAUUGGAAACACAGAUUUCAGCUUAUUUCAGCAGUUUGAUUUCAGUGGAAACACAGAUUUCAGUCUAUUUCAGCUGUGUGGUACUGAGGCAGAAAGGUAGUAUCUUCUCUCACUGUGAUAUCAGUGGUACACAUUGCUUAUCGGUGUUCUAACAGGGGUAUAUAUACUCAGUUUUACAAAAAAAUGUCAAAUGAAACCUCUGACUACCAGGUUAGAUGAUGAUGACACAUAUUCUCUUCACAAGCAGCGAAGGGAGUACGUAGACUGAUUGGUUCAGUCGGCACAGGAACCCCUGUUUCUACAAUAGGUUCCUCUCUUACAUACCCGGUGUUCUAAGACUCAUAAUGAAAAAAUAAGUAGAUAAAAAGUUAGCUGUUGUAAAAUAUCUUUAGUGGUACCAGUGCAUAUUUAUUUAGCAAUACCAUAAGCAACUGUAUAUCUUAUCAAUGCAUGACCGGCUACCUCUACUCGCAUUUCGUUUGUAAGUCUGCUAUCGAACCUGUCGCGAACUGUACCUGUAUCAGUGUUAAUGUCACCGUGUGUGAUGCAUUUUUAUCAAUUAAGCAGAUACAAUGCAUUAAUUGUAUCUUUCCUAUCGCUGGCACUGUGAUAAGUUUGAUAGUUUGUAGCAAAAUGCUGAGUCCUAUGUCAUCACAUAAAAUGAGUUAUUAAAAUAAACACAGAUAGCCGUCAUCAUCAACUGUUUUAUUAUGUACAAAUAUUCCCCAGAAUAACAAAUCAUGAAUCAGAAAUUCAGUUUCUGAAAUUGAAUUAAGAAAAAUGGUAUCAGUUUAUUGAAUUUGUGUUGAAGUAACUGUAUAUUUCCUGUAUUUACUUUUUUGUACAGUUACUGUAAAGUUACUUUAUAUUUCAUAUAUAUAGUAGCCGUAUGAAUUAUUUGGUGCAUAGUUAGUAUAUAAUCACUAUAUAUUAACUAUAAGUGUGCUGUAUAUUUACUAAAGAAAAGAAAAAGAAAAAAAUCCGACAAUGAUAGAAGAAAGCUACAAUUUGUAGGUUUGUGAAAUAGACAGCUAUUUACAUGGUACAUAGGUGAAUCCACACAUCUGUGGCUGAUAUUAACUCAUUCACCCCUGAAGACACAUUUGAAUUCUUCCAAUUCAAAGAUUGGAAUAGUUCAUUAUGAAAUUUCAGGGGUGAAUGAGUUAGAUUGUGGGUUUGUGAAAUCGACAGCUACUUGACAACGGUUGUGUGUAUAGGGUAUUAGAGGCAUCUUCAAUGCAAUACUUGAUUACUUUCUCACGCGAUGUUUCUAUUACGUUUCUCAGAUUGAUGUUUUAAUUUUAUAAGAAAAAUAAUUAAAUAAAAAACUGUUAUUUAUCC